ACGCCCAGUUUCGCGAGGGUUUCGGUCCGGGCUGAAGUCCCCAACCAAAACCCUCCUUCCUCGUUCUGCUACUGCUACCGACCAGAACGCUCACUGCUCUCCUGCAGGCACUCCUUUUCUAACUCCACUAACCCUCAGGAUCAGCGGAAUCGAUGAGCAGUUGGCGGGCGCUUCUUCUUCGGGUGGGCGAUAAGUGCCCAGAGUACGGAGGCUCAGUCGACUACAAAGACCACAUAGAAACAUGUCACAGUACGCUCUCAGAAUUUGAUCACUCUAAAGAUGAUCUUUUGCAGCUUCUUCUUCAGUGUGCUGAACAGUUGCCACAUAAAAUUCCAUUUUAUUCAGUAUUGGUUGGCCUCAUAAAUUUAGAGAAUGAAGAUUUUGGAAAGGAUGUCGUAGAUGCUAUCCACUCUAAACUACAAGAUGCUUUGUUGUCAGAAAAUUGUGACAAAAUCCGCAUAUCCUUGAGGUUUUUGACAGCACUGAUGUGUAGCAAGCUUGUCCUCCCUAGUUCUGUUAUUGAAGUCUUUGAGACACUUCUAUCCUCUGCUCUGUUAACUAUAGAUGAGGAGGCUGGUAAUCUGUCUUGGCAGCCAUGUGCCGACUUCUAUGUCACCUGCAUUUUGUCCAGUCUUCCAUGGGGAGGCACAGAAUUGAUAGAGCAAGUGCCAGAGGAGUUUGAUAGAGUCAUUGUUCAGAUACAAUCUUAUUUAUUGGUCAGGAAGCGCUCGUAUGAUAAUAGUUUCACUGCAUUUGAGACUGAUGGAGACAAAUCUGUCACUGAAAAGGAUUUUCUAGAAGAUUUAUGGGAUCGUAUACAAGCUCUUUCCUCUAAUGGAUGGAAGGUUGAUAGUGUUCCAAGGCCUCAUCUAUCCUUUGAAGAGCAAUUGGUCACUGGAAAAUCUUACAGUCUUCCUCAUAUCAGCUGUCCAAAGCAAUCUGCAACUUCACAGUCUACAAUAUCCAGAGAAAAAGAUAAUUAUGAAGUCAAGCUGAAGUAUCCUCAAAGGCUCCGUCGACUUCACAUAUUCCCUUCAAGCAAAACUGAGCAUAUACAGCCUAUUGACCGGUUCAUUGUGGAAGAGUAUUUGUUAGAUGUGCUGCUUUUCUUCAACGGAUGCCGGAAGGAAUGUGCUUCAUACAUGGCCAGCUUGCCUGUAUCAUUCCGCUAUGAAUAUCUGAUGGCAGAAACUAUAUUCUCUCAGCUAAUGUUUCUUCCUCAGCCACCAUUUAGGCCCAUCUAUUACACGUUGGUAAUCAUUGAUCUGUGCAAGGCCUUACCUGGUGCAUUUCCAGCUGUUGUGGCUGGAGCUGUUCGUGCCCUUUUUGAUAGAAUUGCUGAUCUCGAUAUGGAAUGUCGCACUAGACUGAUUCUAUGGUUUUCUCAUCAUUUGUCAAACUUUCAGUACUUUUGGCCUUGGGAAGAAUGGGCUCAUGUUAAAGAUCUUCCCAGAUGGGCACCACAGAGAGUAUUUGUACAAGAAGUGUUAGAAAGGGAAGUUCGUUUGUCAUACUGGGAUAAAAUCAAGCAGAGCAUUGAGAAUGCACCUGCACUUGAGGAAUUGCUUCCACCAAAGAGUGGACCCAACUUCAAGUACAAUUCUGAAGACGAUCAAGGUUAUGCUCUUUCUAGAGAGUUGCGCAUCAUGAUUAGGGGAAGGAAGACAGCUCGUGAAAUCAGUCCAUGGGUAGAGGAAAAUAUAAUUAAAGUUCAUGGGCCCAAAUUUGCACUUGAAGUUGUUAUUCAGACCCUUCUGGAUAUUGGUUCAAAAAGUUUCACACAUCUUAUCACUGUGUUAGAAAGAUAUGGCCAAGUCAUCACAAAGUUAUGUGCUGCUCAGGAUAUGCAAGUUUUGUUAAUAGAUGAAGUGAGUUCCUAUUGGAAGAACAGUACUCAGAUGACUGCUAUUGCCAUUGAUCGCAUGAUGGGUUAUCGGCUUAUCUGCAAUUUGGCUAUCAUUAGUUGGGUCUUUUCUUUACCUAAUAUUGAGCAAUUUCAUGUUUCAGAUCGUCCAUGGGAGGUUCUUAGGAAUACGAUCAACAAGACUUACAACCGCAUUGCUGACUUGAGGAAGGAAAUUCAAACACUUGAGAAAGGUGUUUCCAUAGCUGAGGAAACUGCAUCGAAGGCUUUGAAGGAGUUUGAGGCUGCUGAUGCUAGGCUUGAGGUUGUGGAUGGUCAACCUGUGCAAGCUGAAAAACCAGGAAGAUUGAAGCGCCUAAAAGGAUAUGCUGAGAAGGCAAAAGAGGAAGAAGUAUCAGUACGAGAAUCUUUGGAAGCCAAGGAAGCUCUCUUUGCUCGAGCUCUCGAAGAAAAUAAGAUAUUAUUUGUGUCUUUAUAUAAAAGCUUCACAAAUGUGCUUAUGGAGCGGCUGCCUCCUGUAUCUGAUAAUGGAGAUUUGCCAAAACUGCGUCCUGAAAAGAUUGAUGCUAUGUCCGUAGAUUUGGAAGAGCCGCCUUCCAUGGAGGUAGACCAUGAUAAUGGCCAAAAAGAUGAAAGUGAAAAUAAUGGUGAAAGAGUAACUCACAGCUACGACAUCAAGGAACAAGAUCAGUGGUGCCUGUGCACAUUGGGUUAUCUCAAAGCAAUUUCAAGGCAAUAUGCAACAGAGAUUUGGCCACACAUUGAAACACUGGAGGCUGAGAUCUUCAGCGAAGAUACCCAUCCGCUUAUCAAAAAAGCCGUCCUCUCUGGUCUAUGCCGUAAGAUGGUGGAACUAUGAUGCACUUGAUAACUUUAUUUGUUUUUACCUUUUUUUUAAACAUGUUCAUCGCAUGUUUCAAAAGAAAACAAAAUGCACCAAUGAUUGCUUGUCUUAGCCCAAACAUUGUCCUGUAACCUAAGUUUUGGAAUGAUAUUUUGCUUAUUUUUCUAUGCUAAUUCUGUUACAUUCCGUCUAGUUUUUAAUGGAACCAGGGACUUGUCUAUAAA